AUGGCAGUCAGAGCGCUCGUCCUCGCGUGCGUGCUCCUCCUCGUGUCGACGUCCGCCUUGGCGCAGCGUGGUCCGCCAGGCGGAGGUCCCCCCGGAGGUCAGCGCGGAGGCCCUGGCGCCGGUUCUAGCGGACCCGGCGGUCCCGGCGGACCUGGCAGACCCGGCGGUCCCGGCGGUCCCGGCGGUCCCGGCGGGCCUGGCGGGCCUGACGGACCGCGCGGUCCUCCGCUGAACCUGACGGCCGUCGGGAAUCUGACGGCCGAUAUCGGCGCGCAACUCGCCAAGUGUACCGCGGACCAGGCGAUCGUUAACGGCAGCUUCCACCUCGCCAUCUUCAAGAACUCCACCGGCAAUUACAACCUGCUGGUCGAAGCUCUCCUUGUCGACGCGGCGGGCAGUCCGCCCGACUCGCUGGCGAUCGUGAAGGGCGCCGUGUGCGACGCCGCCGCGACGGACGUGCUCGCGCUGCCGCUCGCCGCGGCGGACUGGCAGCAGCGCGCGGGGUGGUGGCUGCUGCACGCGGAGGCGCGCCUCGACGCGUUCCUCGAGAACGCGGACGCCGCCACCCUCGACGCGCUGCUCGCCGUGCUCCCCACCGCCUCGCCUCCGCCCACCAGCAGCGGCGGGCGCAACGGCGGCGGCAGCGCCGGCGGGGCGGGGGGCAGCGCGGGGGGCGCGCGGAACGGACAGGGCGGGAGGCGCAUGGGGCGGGAGCUGCUGACGCGCUCAUUCGGGCUCGCUGCCAGGCAGGGGGGACAGAAGCAGGGGGGGCAGCAGCAGGGGGGAGCGCGGCAGCAGGGGGGAGCGCAGCAGCCGCCUGUAGUGAGCGGGUAUGCUGUGCUGGCGGGCAGCAGCGCAGCAGGUGUGACGUGGGGCGGGCAGCUCAUGGGCGCCAAGACGCCCGCCGCUGCUGUUUAA